AUGGCGGUGCCAUCAAAUUCGGUGCUGCGGGGAGAGACGGAAGUUCUGCGGCUGGGUUCCAGGGUUGCCAGGACGGAGGUCGCCAGCGACGACGAGGGCUGGUGUUCGGCGGUCGUGGAAAUUGAUCGGUGGAAAAAGCGGUCUCGUGGAGAGCUUCUCAGUAGGCCAAUUUCAAUUAUCAAACAUCCAAUUUCAAGGUGGAGAGCUUCUCGAGUAGGUCGAUCUAAUUGCUCUCGUCUCGUGGAGCCGCCUAGGAUGACGGCGGCGAAGGUCGGGCCGAUUCGAGCGGUCGGCAGCGGCCAGAUGCUCACCAGCGAGAGCAAGAAAUCGUCGUGGUGCUCUGUGCGUAUGUUUGAGAGAAAGAGAUUGAAUAGGUGGAGAAGAACCGAAUGUGGAAGGGGCCCACAUGGACCUGAAACAGCAUGA